AUGAGCACUUACUCUCAAUUUUUCUUGCUUUCAUUCAUUGCCAUUUGGUUGAUUUCUCUAACUACAUUUGGAGCUAAUACUAUUCACCCUGACGAAAAGGAAGCUCUUGAAGAUAUAGCUAAAUCACUUGGUAAGAAGGAUUGGAACUUUGACAUAGAUCCAUGCAGCAACAAACCUAACUGGGUUACACCUCCCAUACCCAAAAUCAUAGAUAACAAUGUAACCUGUAACUGCACUGUAGCUGGUGACAACUUCUGCCAUGUAGUUAUAAUAUGUUUGAAAGGGCAAAAUCUCCCCGGCACUCUUCCACCGGAACUGAACAGGCUGCGUUACCUUCAAACUAUUAAGCUAUCUGGAAAUCGUUUAACUGGUUCAAUACCAGUGGAGACUGCAAACAUAUCUACUCUUAGAUGCAUAGAGUUAACGGGUAAUCAAAUGUCGGGAAAUCUUCCUCCUGAGCUUGGGAGUCUAACCCAGCUUCAAACAUUGCGAAUAUCCUCUAAUAAUUUUAGUGGAGAACUACCUGUGACAUUGGCCAAUCUCACUACAUUGAAAGAUUUCCGAAUUGAGGACAACCAAUUCUCUGGAAAGAUACCUAAUUAUAUUCAGAACUGGACAAGUAUCAAUACACUACUAAUUCAAGGAAGUGGGUUAAGUGGGCCGAUCCCUUCUGGAAUUUCACUUUUGACAAAAUUAGUUGACUUGUACGAGAAUUAG